AUGAGACCUCCUUCAUUCUCCGGAGGAGCUGACCCACUAGUAGCUGAGAAUUGGGUCCAGGAUAUAGAGGAUAUGUUGGCAGUUCUUUCGUGUAUAGAUGAGCAGAAGGUAUUGUUUGCAAUGUUUAAGUUGACUGGGGAAGUUAAACACUGGUGGAGAUCAGUGAGACUGUCAGAGGAGCAGAGACUUGAGUUUGUAGCGGUGACCACGAGCCGCUUCAGGAAAUUAUUUUUCAAAUGGUACUUUCCCACUACUGUUAGAAGUGCGAAGGCAGCAAAGUUUUUGCACUUGAUGCAGGGGCAGAUGACGGUACUGCAGUAUGCAACUAGAUUUAUCGAGCUGUCCCGAUUUGCCCCGUACUUGGUGCCCGAUGAAGAAAAGAAGGCAAGGAAAUUCAAGGAGGACUUGAAUGAGAGUCUGUUUGAGCAAGUUGUAAGCUUCCGAGGCCAGACUUUUUCAGAGAUAGUCGAUAGAGUUGCAGUGAUUGAGGGUGGCUUACAGAGAGGCAUUGCGGUAUAA